AUGGCUGUCCUGAUGGCCAACUAUGACUACACGGAGGAAGAAGCAAACAGCAUUCUGAGAAGAGAAAUUCUGUCGCUCGAGCGACAAUUUCUUACAAAUUACGAUGAUUGGAAAGCUUCUCCGGCCUUUAAGUCAGCUGACCUGCGUGCAUACAUGGCCCUCUGGGUCACCAGUGUUGGAGGGACAUGUUAUGCCCAGGCUAUGUCACCGAGAUACCAUGGACUCAAGCUGAAGACGACUGCAGAAGACCGAGCGCAGCUUGUAUGUCGCAACAAGAGAAACUACAGACUCCAUGGCUAUCCUCCACCAGCUUCAUUUAAGCAAUCUUCAGAGACUCUCAGAAAAGACGGUACGAAUUCUUCAGCCGGAGGUCAGGGGGACAUUUUAGCGCCAUUUAAGAAGGCAUCGGCGGAGCAGCAGAAGCUAUGUAUGGCUCCGUACGAAUACACUAGAUCAACGCCCGGGAAGCAGACGAUUUCAAAAUUCAUCGAAUGCCUGCGGUCUUGGCUCCACUUGCCGGAUGAUUCGGCCUCUGUCAUAGAGCACAUCACAAAUAUGAUUUUCCACUCGACCCUCAUGAUCGACGACAUUGAGGAUGACUCAAUGCUCCGUCGUGGGAAGCCAGCCGCACAUGUAGUGUUUGGUAAAGCUCAGACUGUCAAUAGCGCAACCUAUUUAUACGCGAAAGCGACUCGUGACCUAGACCAGCUACAACAGGACGCAUGCAAAGCAGCCUUUCUCGAAGAACUAGAGACGCUUGCCCUUGGGCAAGCUCUUGAUCUUCACUGGAAAUUUCAGAAGACGUGUCCGACAACGGGCGAAUAUCUUACUAUGGUCGAUAACAAAACUGGGGGGCUCUUCAGGAUGACAUUACGCCUUCUGGAGAUUGAGUCGAAGGCGGAGCCGUGCCCUGAUCUUAUGCAACUCAUAACGCUGAUGGGAAGAUACUACCAAAUCCGAGAUGACUACUUGAAUCUGACGUCAGAUGAGUAUACCGGAACAAAAGGUUACUGCGAGGAUCUCUCUGAGGGCAAAUUGUCCUUCCCUCUUAUCUAUGCUUUGCAAAAGAGUCCCGAGGCGGAUAUGCUCCGGGGGCUGUUGUUCCAUCGAGAGAAUGGCCAUGAGCUGUCGCUAGAUAUGAAGAGCUAUAUUGUCGCUGAGAUGAGAAAGGUAGGUAGUCUUGCACAUGCUCGAGAAACUGCAUUGCAGCUGUUCGAUGCAAUGAUGGGUACGUUGGAACGAGUUGAGGCUACCCUUGGUCCUAACAAAAGAUUGAAGGCAUUAUUGCUAUGGUUAAAGCUGUGA